UAAACAGAUCAUUGGGUGCGCAUACGUCCCGGCAUCUCGACAGGCGAAAGGACUAGGUUAGCUCGUAUCGUUGAGGGCACUACUCGUCCUGCUAAAGAACGCUACUUCCUCUAUUGAAUACCGUUCUUGAGCCCUUUGUGUCAUUGACUUCAUCUGCGGGUCAUCUGCAUCUCCUGGACUCCGAAAGCGCCGUGCUGUCCACCGUCCUGCUCUACCACACCUACGCAGCCUCCCCUCUCCACGUCUGAAACGAGAGAACCCGCGCUCUUUCAAGUUACUGCACAAUCUGAGGAUGACAUCCUUAUAUGUUCCACCCGAAUAUAAUAUAGAAACUCAGCAUGACGGCACCGAACAUCUCGCCAUAAACAACACGUUUGUUCGCCGAUUCUUGACACGACUAGCAUUACACACAACGGCCAAGUUUUAUUCGCGAGAUGGUCUUUGCAUCCCAAUCUCCAAACAUAAAAUUGUGAAGACAGGGCGUCGAAUCCACCUAACGGAAGGUGCAACAAUGAGAUAUCUGGCUGAAAAAACUGCCAUUCCUGUUCCAAAGGUGUAUUGCUCCUUUUUGCACAAAAACAGGGCGUACAUAGUUAUGGAGAGGAUCCAAGGCGAGGAACUACCGAAAGCUUGGAAAAGCAUGUCCGAAGAAUCAAUUGAGGGUGUCUUCGCACAGUUAAGAGCCAUGUUCCAAGAGCUACGCUCCCUGACGCCUCCUCCGGGCACAGGUGUGGAAAGCUGUGUUGGGGGUUCAUUAUAUGAUUCCCGCAUAUCUCGUGGAAAUCCACGUUUCGGUCCGUUCAAGACAAUCCAAGAAUUUCACUUUUGGCUCAGACGAGACUUGAAAGUCGAAGACCUCAAAGAUCGAGAAAAGGACCAGGAUUGGCAUGACCUCGUAGAGCUGAUAAGACGACAGGAUGGGCCGUGGCCUCCGCCAAUUUUUACCCACGGCGAUUUAAAUCCCUUUAAUGUUCUUAUUCGUGGUGGUAAGGUGGUUGGAAUUAUAGAUUGGGAGUUCUCCGGAUGGUAUCCACAUUAUUGGGAAUACACGUCGGCCUGGUUCGGCAAUGUUACUAGGACGGAAUGGCAAGGCAGGCUUGACAAGAUCCUCGAUCGAUCACGCCCUGAGGAAUUUAGAAUGGAAGAGGUUCGCAACAAAUGGUGGGGUGAAUAAACCCUUAUGGAAUGGCGCUUAAUGCAUAAGAUUCGUUCUCCCACACCGAAAGGAGAAGAAGGACUUGUAAAAAGUGCAUAUUGGAAUGCCACCGGAUUCAUGCAUUGUCUGACCAAGCGUUUUCUUAUCACCUAGCCG